AUGUUACUCGUCUGUGCGAAAAUUUUACGGCCGCUCGGAACUCUUGCAAGUUUUCAUUGCACUUCCUCCAAAUUGCCAUCCUUCUUUUCUGUACGGAAAAAAUGGUUGUGGGGGAAAGAUGCUGAAGGUCCAGAAAUAGCUGUUGGUCCAAAAUCUGGAGCAGAUGAUGAUCCCAUAACAAAUGCACCGGAUAAACCAUACCUUGGGGAACCAGAUGAACCUAAGUUGCAUAUGUGGUACUAUCGGGAAGCACCUCCUCAAAGUACCACUCGACUAGAAAAGAGACUGAUAACACUAAUUAGCGCUUUGUUGUGGGGUUGGUUCGUAUACCAUAUUUAUUACAAUUACGGAGAGCUGAUUGGUGAAUAUUAUAUUCCGUCAUUAGAAGAGUUUUCGGAUGAAGAACUGGGUAUUCCACCGGAUGAUGCACCAGAUCCAGAAUAUUGGGGGGACCAUUCAUUAUCUAGAGGCAUGUAA